AACACCCUAAACAAUCACCGUUCAACCGUUCUCUCAACUCCACUUCAUUCAACAGACGCACAAAAGAUAGAGACACAGUGAACCAUGGCAGGACUGAUCAAGUUUGGGUUGGGGGAGGACUUGGAGAAGUAUAGGGACAUCGAUGAAGAGGCCAUCCUGUCCUCCAUGACAGAAGAGGAGUUGGAGGAGUUGAAUGCAGAGCUUGACCCUGAUAAUGACUUGUUGCCCGUUGGCUUGAGACAACAUGACCAGACGAAGAAGGCACCGACAGGGAAGCUUGACCGCGAGCAUCUUCUUAAGUACCUGGAGAAGUCGGCAAGGGAGUACAAGGAUCGGGAGGAUCUGAUUCCGUUCACCGGAGAGAAGAAGGGGAAAGCGUUUGUGAAGAAGGAAGUGAAAGAUGAGGAUGAAGGAGAUGACCCAGUCCUGGACCCAGAGUUGGAGGAGGCACUGAAGGAAGCCACUGACGGAGAGCUGUGUGACUUGGCUGCCAUCCUUGGGAUGCACACGCUCAUGUCCAACGACCAGUACUAUGCCUCUCUUGCUUCUGGAGAAAUCGCCAACAAGGAAGGUUUCCGCUCUGUUGUGAAGUGCACAGCAUACCCUCAGGUCCAGUCGGAGCCGCCCAACACCACCGACCCUCACGAGAGCCUGACCAAACUGCAGGACAACGACUCGGAUCUCACUGACCUGAACCUUAACAACAUCAAGAACAUCGCCAUCCCGACGCUGGGAGAUAUCUGUAGCUCCCUGGCCAACAACACAAACCUGAAGUACCUCAGUAUGGCGUCCACACGUAGUAACGACAAGGUGGCUCUGGCUCUAGCAGAAGGACUGAAGGAAAACACCACUCUGGAGAGACUCAACAUCGAGUCCAACUUUAUUUCUGGCGAUGGAAUGAAGAAAAUAAUGGAGUCAGUGGUCAACCACCCAACACUGACAGAAAUUAGAAUAGCAAAUCAGCGGCACUCUUUGGGUAACGGGUGUGAGAUGGCCAUCGCGGACAUGCUGAGAAAGAACAGGGUCGUGCUGAAGUUUGGCUACAGCUUCGAGUUCCCCGGACCCCGGGACUCCGCUGACCACUCCCUAACUCGCAACAACGAUCUGGUCCGGCAACGACGAAUGGGCAUCCUGGAUUAGUCACAAAGGGGUUUUCAACAAGCUUCAUUCGUCGUCGCCGCUUGGGCCUUCCCACGGAGGAUUUGGAAGAGGAGGAGGAUCAAGAGUAGAUGGAGGCAGCCGACAGGCCGACAGCGGGGCGCGGCGGAGACUAGCUUGUGUUUUUGGCUUGUGUUUGUGGCCUGCAACAAAGUGUGAAACCUACGCAAACGAUGCAAGCAUAGACUCAUCUCUUGUACCAUGGAGUCUGACCACCCCUAUUUCUAACAAUAGACCUGUCCUGGUGCAGAUCGAAGCAACUCAUCAUAGGAGUAACAUACUUAGAAAUAGGGGUGAUUGAGCUUGAUGUGCAUGUGUAGAUGACAGAUACUCAAAACUGUAGAAAGAUAGCAAGAUUGUUCAGAUGAAGAAAAGAUCAUGAUGAUGCAAACACAAACGUUCAAGAAAAGCAGAUUUAAGAACAAUUCAGCCUGUCUUUCUUCAAACAAUCUUAAAGGAAUCAGUGAAGUCUUGAGAUGCGUAGGUAAGGCAACUACCUAUUAAUAAGAUAUGUAACAUGACUUAUUAUAGCACUAGUUAUGAAGCAGCUAUGAAAAGUAAAAUACAUUAGCUACAAUGGCACAUGUGUAACUUAGCUAGAUGAGCAUGAUGCAAAUGAGAAUGAAGCACUUCAUAUUAUACAUGUACAUCGUACAUGAUUAAGCACCUUUAUCCCAUAAUGUCUUUACAUGUACAUCAACAAGUGGAAACAUCCUUGUGUUGACAGCUAUCUUUAUGUUUGGUACAACUUUUAGCUGGUUUUGAAACCCUCAAGUCAGUGUGUAGACAAGGUUCUCAUUUCCAAAGGAAAUUGAAAAAAAAAUCUUGUGUAGAUAGGUGGGUGGGUUUGGUAAAAGACAUGACUAACGUAGUGCAGCAUAUUUCGUGCCCAAUGUCGUCUGCUUUGCCAAGUGUAUGUCUUAGAAGGCAGAGAGGACUUAAGUGUAGGACGUAAUGCACAAUUCUUCACUGCAGACCUCAGCAGAUUUCAUGCUUGCAUGACUCAUAAGAACAUAGGCUCAAGAUUUGGCUCUGUCUGAACGUUUUAAGGAAAAAUGGCGUUUUAAACGAAUCAGACGACAUAUGGUAGCACUACGUUCAAAUUGUCCUUUCUUUGAUGAAAUCUUGGAAAAGGAAAAAAAUCUUCUCUGUACUCUGUGCCAAUUGGGUUCUCAUCUGCUGUUUUAAGAUUUUGUGAGGCAAGGGAAAAAUUUUAUCCAACAGGUUUUAAGGUAGUUUUGGGCAGUGCAAAAUACAGUAGUAGCCUUUUGUGUCUGUCAUUGUGAUGUAAAAUAGAUAGUACAUUGUCAAAGAUUAUUUCUUGUUCUGCUGAUUAUCAAAAAAGUCAUAUCAAGUAUCCCAUUUUUAUGUUAUGGACUAGCAUUGUGAUGUUCUGAUGUUCACUUUUUGUUCACAAUCUGGUGUUGGUAUUACCCUCCUCCUUAUGUACCUCCAUUUUAUGUACCCAUGUAAGAAAAUUGUAAUCCAUAAUUAUCUGUACAUAACAUGUUCAAUUGUAAGAUUCCCAUGUGUAGCUUUGUAAGCAUCUGGUAUGUCAAUGUUAAUGUUGCAUGGAAUUUUCAUGUACUUUCAUGUGUGAACCUUCAGCCAGCUAAGGUAGCCAUUUGGCAGCAGAUUUGUAGUUGGUAUGGGGAAGGUUUAACCGGAUUUGACUUCAUGCAGUUUCUUUGCAUGGCUUUCAAACCCUUCUGUAGACUUUGUGACAGCUUGAAAUUUCAUGCAGAUGAAAAAGUAUGAAAAACUAGAUAAUA